AUGAGCCGCGCGCCGCACUGUGGUCCAUACAUCAUUAUGCGGAGACUCAAGAAGAAGUCUCAGUCGGUGGAUAUUGCCAGCCAGGGUUUUUCCCCCACUUUGAUGCCAUCCUCACCUCUCAACAGGACAGCGCCACCUGUAGCCAAGACGCUAGUGGUGCAGGAGAAUAACACCACCAACUCCCAGAGGCGCAAUCCCAGAGUGGGAGAGCUGAAGAGAGGCUACACUAUAGUUCUCUGCCGCACUUUUGACCUGUGCGUCAUUAAAAGCGACUGCAGCGACCUCUCUGAGACGCCAGAGAAAACCUUGACAGCUGUGGACCAUUAUCAGAGACAUUGCUUGAGCUUCUGCAGGCGCUGCAGAGGAUGUGGUGCUGUCCUUGGUGCUGAAGCAGCUGUCGUGUUGGUGCUGAGGGAGAGCAUUCACAGCAUGUCCCUGUCGAUAAUGGGCUCUAAGAGGAUAGCUGCUGCACUCCUCCAGGCCUCACAGCUCUUCUCUCUUUCACUCCAAUGA